CAUUGGUCCUUAUUUUCAUAUGUCUUUUUUUCUGCUUGUAGCAGUACAUGGUAACUCUGUCACCUUCUGGCCAUCCCAAUAAUGAAAACGGAAGCUAAGGAUGGAGAAGAGGAAAGCCUGCAGACAGCAUUCAAAAAGCUAAGAGUUGACACAGCUGGAUCUACUGCUUCUCUCUCUGUGGGUGAAGGGACAAGUCCAAGAGCACUAGUUAGAACAGUGGCAGAUGAAACCAAACCUAAGAAUAUGUGUACUUCUAAGGAAACCUGGCAUGGGUCUAUGAAGAAGCCUUCAAGAGGAGUUGUGAGAACCCAGCGUCGCAGGCGUUCCAAGUCUCCAAUUCUUCAUCCUCCAAAGUUUAUCCAUUGCAGCACAAAAUCACAUUCCACGUGCAGCCAGCUAGCACACAAGAGCCAGAUUGAUGCCCAGGACGACAGCAGUGGGUUUGGGAUGCCAGUCCCACAGGAAGCUUGUGCACAGGAACGAUGCGGUGUUGCUCCUGACGUUGGCCGGAAGGGAGCUGAUGUGGAGUCUUUGGGAGCUUCUGUUACACAGUCGGCGUCAGAGAACAGACAGGAGAACUCUCCAGCUGCCGUUUCUCUAGUAUCCAAAGCAUGCCUAAAGACUAGGGAGCUUUCUGACUUUCAAUCUGUGUCCAAGCUGAACACGAAUAAGCCGUGUACGUGUGCAGAUAAAGCCUGUCAGUGUAAACGAUGGCAAGAUAUGGAAGUGUACAAAUUCUCUGGCUUGCAGAACACCCUCCCGUUGGCACCUGAUAGAAGAACAAUUUCUGAGGAUCACUCCCAGUCUUUGCCAUCAAGAACUCCCUCAAGUUCUCCACGCUCUUGCUCUGAGCAAGCCAGGGCCUUUGUGGAUGAUGUGACUAUUGAAGAUCUUUCGGGAUACAUGGAAUAUUACUUGUAUAUUCCAAAGAAAAUGUCUCACAUGGCAGAAAUGAUGUACACCUGACAGCAACGAGCACUAAAACCAGAAGGGUGCGUGGUUUAAAUCUGCCCUCCAUCACACUCAUGUGAGAUGCACCCCACUCCCUGCUCACUGUGCUUGCAAUAAAAACACUUCUUUGCAUCUUA